AUGGCGGUACUUCCGGUCCCGCUGCCCUCAGCGAAGAUGGCGGCAGUGGAGAAGCGGCGGCCCGCGGUGGCCCCGGCGGCCAAUUUCGCCGACAGCGGCCGGCCGUCGGUGUCCCGGGCGGCGGCGGUGUCCGAGAGCGAGGAGGACUUCUUGCGGCAGGUUGGCGUGACGGAGAUGCUGCGCGCAGCCCUGCUGAAGGUGCUGGAGGCGCGGCCCGAGGAACCGAUCGCCUUCCUGGCGCACUACUUCGAGAACAUUGGCCUGCGUUCGCCCGCGAACGGCGGUGCUGGGGAGCCCCCGGGCCAGCUCCUGCUGCAGCAGCAGCGCCUGGGCCGCGCGCUCUGGCACCUGCGUCUGGCCCACCACUCCCAGAGGACGGCCUUCAACAACAACGUCGGCGUGGCCUAUGAGUGCCUGAGUGCCAGCGGGCGCAAGAAGAAGCCUGGGCUGGACGGGCGCACCUACGGCGAGCUGCUCAAGCGCAUCUGCAGGGACGGCGAGGCCCCCGAGGAGGUCGUGGCGCCCCUGCUGCGCAAGAUCCAGUGCCGCGACCACGAGGCUGUGCCGCUGGACGUGUUCCGCGCCGGCAUGCUCACCUGCUUCGUGCUGCUGGAGUUCGUGGCUCGUGCCGGCGCCCUCUUCCAGCUGCUGGAGGGCCCGGCUGUGGCCGUGGCCGACCGCCGCGUGGGCCAGGCUGUGCUGGACACCCUGGAGGGCGCCCUGCAGGCCAGCGACAACACUGCAGCACCCGUCUGCUACCUGGAGGCCGGCUCACGCCUGGGGCCGGACAGCCUGGCACUGGCCAUGGACCGUGCCAUGUCGGGGCGGAGGCCCAGCUCCCCCAUGACCCGAGAGGAGUUCCUGGAGAAGGCGGCUGCCCUCUUCAUUGCCAAGGUCAAGCCGGUGGGCUGAGCCCUGCCUGGACAGAACAUGGAUUUGGGACCAGGGCUGGGGUGUCCCUGCGGGCAGUGGGUGCAGCGCCUCCCCUUCACCCGGAUCAGGACAUGGGCCAAUGCCCCGGCCUAGGGGAGGAGGCCGGGCUCCCAGGAAGUAGAUGCUCCCUCCCCACACCCACAUGACUGCCUGCCUCCCCGGCCCCUCCACGCACGCAGGCAGGACCCCUGCCCAGCAGUAAUAAAAUCCGUUGCAAGGCCAACCCCAGCCUGUGUGCAUGCCCUGCCACCUCCCAGCCCCUCCACGGCAGCUGGAGGAGGCGCGGGGGGCCCAGCGAGGCCCUGCUGGGGGGCGAGGGCUGAGCGGCACCACCCCACCGGCUCCUCUGCAAUACAGGACCCCGUCCCUCCAGCCCUGCCCUUCCCAAGGGUCCUUCCUGGGCCUCAGUUCCCCCAGCUGUCAAACAAAGAGGUCAGCUUGGCAGAUGACAGCAACAUUGGUGACAGUAACAGCUCAGACGCCUUCGGGCAACCGCAGCAUCUUGCACGACUCUCACCACUGUCCUGUGGGGAAGGUAAACUGCUGCCCGCACUUGGCAGAAGGUGGAGGGUCACACCCAGCAGUGGCCGGGCAGGGAUUUGAGCCUGGGCUCCAGAAUGCACACUCACGCUGCCCACCCAUGGGCCCAUUGGGAACCCUGUGACCCGCGGGAGCCCCCUGAGCCUCCGCCAGGCAUCCCAGGCGCACCCCCACCCAGAGGGACCACUUGGACAGAAAAUUCUGUAGGGAGCAGAAGGGCCAGUCCGGAAUCGGAUUCCCAGCUCGGAAUGGUUCCUGGCAGAUGACAUCACACUCUCGGCCUCAGUCUACCCCUCUGUUACAUGGGCUUGUGACGGCCCCUAUUCUGACUGAGGGAGACCCCAGGGAACACAACCUUUACAGUCUCCACAGGCUGCACAACGGCAGGGACCCCCCCUACAUCCCUGUUCCCGGCACCAAGAAAAAGGGAGGCAAAGGGUAGGCAGUCAAUGAACCAACGCACGA